GUGGAUGCGUCCGCUCUGGCCCGACGCUUCCUGAUAGAAACUCGUAUAAGCUCGGCAGCGUUCCAGUGGUGCCGGUGCCCUACACGUGCGCAGUGCCGUUUCGUCGCCGGGACGUUAACCCGUGCCGCAGCAGCCGGACGGCCUCCUUACAAAACAGGGUUACGGCCCCAAGUUUUUGAGUUCUACGCGCUACUUUAAGGACUUACAACUGGAAACGUUCAGCUUCUCUUGUGCUGCUCUGCUGUUUGGAAGAAGUGCUUUCUUCCGUAGUUGUACAGCGACGCCCUCCGACGGGAUUCAUCUAUUUGUUGCUGCUGAUUCCUGGAAACGAAUUGUCACUGACAAGCCCCAACGCGGAGGAGCUACUCGAAAGUCGGAAUGAUACCCAGAGGCGCAACGCUUUUGUUCACGCUACUAGGACUUGCCUGCGCGCAGUAUGAAGAGGCAAUUCAACACCUCGUCUCCGAGCAGCCAGAGGUAAUCCAAGAGGAACGAGAAAAAUCGCAAAUGUACCAGCAGAUGCUGCACGAAGUUCCGAAGCUGGAUGGCGGCCAGGCGAUGUUCCAGGGGGACAUGCUGAUGACCGAGCGUGACCUGCUGGACAUGUACGCCCUGGUGCCUUCCAGGAACAUUACCUGGCCGGGAGGAAUCGUGCCUUAUAAGAUCAGCGAGAGCUCGGUCAACGAAGCGGACCUGAUCCGGCAGGGCGUCGCACACUGGAUGAACAACUCGUGUCUUAUGUUCCGCGAGCUUCAGAAGGACGACACAACCACGGACUUCAUACUUUUCAUCAGGGGCAGAGGGUGCUGGUCCCGGUUCGGCCACGUCGGCUCUCUCCAACCCAUAUCGAUCGGCGAUGGCUGUGAGACGCUGGGCACAGUGGUGCACGAGAUCGGGCACGCCAUCGGGUUCCUGCACGAGCAGUCGCGCGCCGACCGCAGCCGAUACGUGGUGGUCAACUACCCCAACAUCCUGCAAGGACUACGCAGCCAGUUCGACCCGGACCAGAACAAGCGGGAGUACGGCGCACGAUACGACUACACAUCCGUCAUGCACUACUCGCCGACGGCGUUCGCGGCGUCGCCGGAGAUGAAAACCCUGAGCCCAGUGAACCCGCUGCUUGCGCCGCUGAUCCGCAGGCAGAACGGGCUCACCUUCCGUGACAGACGAAAGGCAAACUUCCUCUACCGGUGCGAUGCCGCAUGCACGAGCAGACCAGUGUGCGCCAACGAAGGGUUCGUCGACCACACCUGCAAGUGCGUCUGCCCACCCAACACGGAGGGCGAGCGAUGCGAGAGGCUGCGUCGUUCUUACUACACUCGACCAAACUGUGGCGGUCGCGUGAUUCGAGCGAAGACGAUCGCAUCUCCAGGCUACCCGAGGAGCCAGAGACCGCAGGAUGGUGUUUGCGUCUGGUGGAUACAAGCUCCGCCAAACAACAAGGUACAGCUCACGUUCCGGGCAUUUGAUCUCUAUGGCCGAGUUCGCAAGUUCUGCAUCUACGACCGCUUCGAAAUCCGACUGCAGUCACUCUACCUUGGACAGACGUUCUGCAGUGACGAAAUCAAGCCCGGCAACGUGGUCACCUCGGUGGGUCGAGACGUGGUCAUCGAGUACCGGCCAUACACGAGAUUCAAACGUGGUUUCGCAGCCGAAGUCAAGUUUGUUCCGGUUUAGACAAGACGAUAUCGACAAUUACUUGCGCAUGAUUUGUCGAGCUUCCACUAUUCAUAUACCUGAGUCAUAAAAAUGCUGGCAAGGAUCCGAAGAUGGGUAAAAAAAAAGAGCGACUCAUCCGUGAGAAGUAUCGCAAAGAAUGCAUACAUGUCGAUUACUCGUCAAAUGCGUGCCUGGCACGUUUGUGUACGCCUGACACGUCAGUAUGCACAAGAGUAUGCCACUUGAGUGUGCACCAAUAUUACCUUUCCAGUUGAAAGUAUAACCCUGUUACGCUCAGCGUAAGUGAUGAACGGCUAUGGCCUCUUGCAUGCAAAUAUGUGUGUUAUUUACGAUAUCGCUCACAAUGGAAUGACUUUAUCGCGUAGUACCUACGCCAGGUAAUACCCUUACAAGAGCUAGAUGAUCACUCAUUCAUACAUUGACGACCACAUUGAACCUAUCAAACGCCUACACAGCCGUUGAUUCAAAUUUCGUUUAUUUUCUUGAACAUAUAUUUUUCUAUCAUCUGUCAAUGGUAUUGCAAUCUUUCGACAUGCAAAUGACUAAAGUUCAGUUUUUUUUUUCACUGGCUCAGCGCUUCCUAUGCGCUGUACGAACGCAGUUUCUUAUCAAACAGUAGAUGUACGGAUUCCAUGCGUUGUAGUGAAAACAUUAAGUACGUGACAUCUACAACAUAAUGAAUAAAGUGAUCUCUGCGAGAUCCGAACAUUUAAUAGUGUCUCUAUAA